CUGAGCAAGCUCUUCACAAACAAUCUUACAAAAUAUAUUUGUUUUUAAAGAGUUUUGUAACACACUUAUCACAAUCAAAGAAAAAAAAAUCAAAAUGUAUAGAUCCACAAGCUGGAAUAGAGUGACAGAAGAUUACUCAUCCGCACCGCCUAAAGGAUUGUGGAUGGGCUCGGUGAUUGGUCCUCUUGACGAGAACGAACUACCUUCCUACAAUAAUCCACCGGAUGAAAUGAUUAAGAAUGAAAAGUCACGUACAAAAUUUGCAGAAAAAGCUAUUCACAUCAUUCCUUUUGUUCUCCUUGCAUGCGCUCUCGUACUUUGGCUCUUCUCAAAUCCAGAUGUGGUGGAUGUUGGGAUGAGAGAAGAAUCUAUAGCGGCUAGGAUUGAAGGAUUGACAAUCGAAGGAGACAUCGAUAAUGACAGCGAUGGAACUCAAACUGGUUUCUUGGGCGCCACCUUAGAACUCGGAGAUACAGACAAACCAAACCUCAAUGAUCGGACCAGACGUGGUUCAAGAAAAUUGAUCAAAGGCUUUUAAAUAAUACUAUUUUAAUUGCACCAAUCUUUUUUU